CCGUCAUUUCGCCGCGCUCCGCCGUCCGGCGACCACCGAUGAUGGCUCUCUGUUCAUAACGCUCGAACGCCACCAUCCCUCUACAGUCCACACUGCGCUCGCGGCGAUGGAGUCGUACGCUCCGCUUCUGGAGAAGCUCCGGCUCCCGCAGCCUUCUCUCCAGAGGCUCGCCGUCAUCUCCGUCUUCUCGAAGCUCCGAUCCGCUCCCAGCCGCCUCGACUCCGACUCCGGGCCCGGGCGCGAGGCCGUCACGCAAUGCCUCUGCUCGGCUUCGUCCGCGGUCGUCGACCAAUCCGUGCGCGAGCUGUGCCGGCUCGUCGCCGACUCGAGAAUGGACCUCCCCCGCGGGCUGCUGGAGCUCCAGUCCGCCCUCGAAGGAUCGGAGCCGAGGUUCGUCGGUCUCUUCGUGAGAGGGAUCGGGCUCCUGGUCCGACUAGGAUUUCGGAGGAGCGGCGGCUCGUGGCGGUUCGCCUCGACGGAGGCUCAUCCUUUCGUCAAGGUUCUUUUGUACCGAGCUGAGGCCCGAGAUGAACUCGUGCGACAGGUGUUGUCGUUUGCGGUGCAGAGCAAGCAAAUUGGCAUGGAGGAAGUGUGUGAAUUCUUGAGACCGCUUCUGGACUAUUCGAUUUUGAGAGUACCGUUUUCGGACUCCUCAUCGGCUUUGUUCGCGAGGCAUCUGUUGACAUCGAUGGCAUCGCUUUGUUGCUCAUUGCCUGAUGAUGGAAUCCCUAUACUCAAGCUUUUGAUUCGAUGUAUGAAGUAUUUCCCACACAAGAAUGGUGAUGAUUUCGGGAGCUUAAUGGAUUUUGCUGGGCACAUGGUGGAUGCAUUUAUAGUUGUUUUGAGGCAUUUUGUUGCAGCGCAAAUGCUGGUUUCCGAAAUUCAACUUUGUGGAGUGCAGCUUUUGGAGACUGUUCUUCAGUUAAGCAUCCAUCCUCUCAAGCACUCUAGAUGGAGUGAGCCCGCUGUUGAAUUGACAAAGCGCUUAUUGCUUGUCCAGAAAGAUCUUGGUCUGAGAUGCACGCAUGAACUAACGUCAAUCAGUUUGUCCUUGUUCACUGUUCUAGUUCAAUCAGAACUUGAACACGAACAAAUUUCAGUACUGAAAGUCAUCCUCCGUCUUUUGAAGUGGAAAACUGAUUCAGGAUAUGUGGAUGGUAACUCUGGAUGUGCUGCCAAUGAAGAGCUCUUAUUCAUAUUUCCAGCUAUCAGUCUCAUGUCAUCACCUUCUAAUUCCAUCAAAGAAGCAGCAGGUGAAUUGAUUGUCAUAUUGCAAAAAACGAUAGAGAAACCACUGAUAGUACUGAAGAAUGACAUUCCCAUUAAAGAGCAAUUUCAAUCAGUCAGCAUACCCGGAAAAAUAAUGUUUAGGCUCUUGCAGCAACUAUGGUCACAGGAUCCAUCCUCAUCAUCAAAAUUCUUUAUUGAGACUUUUGCUUCCUCUGGGACAAUUGAAUCUGAAGGAGCACCUCAUGUUAGAAGACCUUGGGCAUCUAAAUUGAUAGAACUCUCUUUAAUGAUCGCUGAGCGUAAAAAACGUUCUCUACCUGUGACACAAGCUCAAGAAGUAUUCAUGACUGAAAUGCCAAUGACAAUCUGCACGGUGGCCAGUGUUUUGGUGACACAUCAGUUGCUAGGGCCUGCUGCAGUUGAUGUUUUGACUGCUAUGGGUCUCGUGGUCCCUAAACUUGGAGUUCCGUUGUUGCUAGGUGUUCUUUUCUUCACUAAUAUAUUUGCCAGAAAAGAUGUUGGACGCGGUGAUAUGCUAUUGAAAGUUUUGGGGAUGCUUCCAUCACUGGCUUCAAAUUCCUCGAUGAUUCCUCUCGUCGUUCAGACUAUCUUGCCCUUGCUUCACAAUGACACAAAUCCGGUUUUGUAUUCGGCAGCAACCCGUUUGCUUUGCCAGACCUGGGCAACUAAUGACCGUGCUUUUGGAAGUCUGCAAGGGAUACUUCUUCCGAAAAACUUUGCCGAGUUCGGACAUGAAAAAGUUGUCUGUUUAAGUAUGGCUACUUCCAUUCGAGACGUUUGCAGAAAAAAUCCUGAUAGGGGCGUGGACCUUAUUCUGUCUGUUUCGUUGUGCAUUGAAAUGCAAGAUCCUCUCAUUCAGGCGCUUGGUUUUCAAAGUCUUGCCCACCUUUGUGAAGCUGAUGUAGUUGAUUUCUACACGGCAUGGGACGUCAUUGGAAAGCACAUGCUAGAUUACUCCAAAGACCCAAAUCUAGCGCACAGUUUAUGCCUUCUCCUAAGAUGGGGUGCAAUGGACGCGCAAGCUUACCCUGAAGCGUCAGAGCAUGUCUUGCAAAUUUUGUGGGACAUAGCCACCUCAACACGUGGUAAUGGAUUUAAGUGGUCAAAGGCUAGGGCCUCAGCUUUUGCUGCCUUAAGCCAGUAUGAGGUACCGGAUAUUGAAAAAACCAUUCCAGAGUUAAGGGAAAGAAGCACAUCUUUGCUCUUUUCAGAAACAAAUGACGAAAUACUUGGUUCUAUGGAACGGUUUCAAGUCAAGAUGAUCACAUACGAACACGUGAAUCGUCGGAGAUUCGUAAAGGAGAAAAAGGUUGUCACAAAUAAGAUUGAAAAGCUGCUUGAUGUACUGCCUCAGGUUAUAUUCUCUUCAGGAAAAAGAAGUGCCAGAGAAUGUCCUGGUGCAGCGCUGCUAUGCCUUUCAUUUACUCCAAAAGAUUCAAAGAGUGAAGGAGCUUACACUGAUGCACAUGCUCUGCAUGAGAACAUGUUGGUGGAGAUCGCCGCAUCUCUUCAACUCUCAAGAAAUACUUUCCUUGCACUUCUUUCGUUGCAAUCGUGGAAAUCCUUCAUGCGACGGUGGAUUAGGGCUAAUAUGUUGUCUCUUGAUGCGAAAGUAUCGUCCGUAGCUCUACAUAAACCAUCUAAAGCUGCUCAUGAUAUCUUGAAGAGCAUGAUGAGAAUUGCUGAGGAGUCCAUUCCUAGAUCUGCCGAGAAUAUUGCACUGGCCCUCGGUGCACUCUGUGCAGUGUUGCCUCAGUCUGCUCAUACGGUUAUAUCGGCUGCGUCGAAGUUUCUUUUCAAUUGGUUGUUCCAGUUCGAACAUGAACAUCGGCAGUGGUCUGCUGCAAUUUCUCUUGGAGUGAUCUCAAGCUGCCUACACGUCACAGAUCACAAACAAAAAUUUCAGAACAUCUCAGGACUUAUUGAGGUUUUGUCUAGCAGCAAAAGCACCUUUGUGAAAGGAGCCUGUGGAAUUGGCUUGGGUUUUUCAUGCCAGGAUCUUUUAACUAGGACUGAAGCUGCUGAUAAUCCUGACAGAGAUUCCUACAAGAUGGGUGAAGUUGAAUUAAUAGGGAACAUUAUGAAGUCUUUAUCUCUCACGAUAUUGGAACUUACAAAAUCAUCAUCCCAGAUUCUUCGAAGUCUCUGUGAACGUUUCUCCAAUGACAUGCGUGAGAAUGGCAGAUAUAAGAAUCCUGAUCUCUUGAAUGAGGACAGUGAUCUCGUGGAGGAAGACACCUGGGGUCUUGCUGGACUUGUUCUUGGUUUGGGAAGCUCUAUUACUGCAGUUUACCGAACUGGGGAAAUUGAUGUGACACUAAAGAUAAAGGACUUGAUAAUUUCAUGGAUUCCACACGCGAAGCCAUUUGUUUGGAGCCCUGACUCCUGUGAUGAAGGAUCUGAGAUGCUUUUAUCUGUUGGAUCUUGUCUUGCACUUCCCCUGGUUGUGGCUUUCUGCCAGAGAGUAGAAUUGAUGGAUGUUGGUGAACUGAAUCAUCUGAUAAAUGGCUAUAGAGAUCUUAUAUCUGAAUUAUUGUUGGUUAAAAAGUCAGGUGCAUUCCACCAGAGCUUGUUGAUGGCAUCAUGUGCUGGAGCAGGGAGUCUCCUUGCCUGUGUUCUGAAGGAAGGUAUAGACUCUAUCGAAGUUGGAUGUCUGAAAGAGUUGCUGGAUUUGUUGAGGAGAUGUUAUUCCAAACCUCAGCCUCCCUCCACUUGUCUGGGAGGGAUGCUUGGAAUUGUUAAUCCUUUGGGUGCAGAAGCCGGGUUGGUUCUCAUUCAUCCUUUAUCCUCCAAUGACAGUCGUUACAGGCUGAAGGAAUCUUCUCAUCUAAUCCGCGCGCUUCUUUCAAGUCCUGUCUGUGAGCCUUUGUUAACAUCAUCAAUGCAAGAGAUGUUUCUUGCUGCUCAACAUUCUGAUGAUAAUCAGCUGCAACAAUACUCUGCCUGGGCACUUUCUUUUCUUCGACAUAGUCUGUGGUCCAAGGAAGUAAAGUUGGAUGAUCACGCUCACAUUGAUACCACUGUCCCAGAAGUUGUUGCUCAAAGUUUCUCCAAUGACAGUGUAGUCAUGAAACUGUGCUUGUGGUUAACGAAUGUGAACUCUUCAAAGAUGAAUAAGCCAACUACUGAGACAGGGAACACACCAGACGUGAGAACAAUUAGAACUGUGCUGAAGUGCCUUUCACGAGCUCAGAGAUUGCCGAAUUUUGACUGGAAAGCAAUUGUUAGACGUCUUAUGAGAUACGAGGUGGAAAUUGGCAACUCGUUGCCAUCUGAUUUGGCUCCUCAGAAAGGCAUCUUGAGGGAGGAAUGCUUAAAUUUUUCGUUAGCUCACGCAUCCCGUUUUGAUCAAUUGCUGGAAUUCCUUGAUGAGCUCUCCGACCUCUCGAGGUUCAGGACACUUGAACCAAAUCUACAGUGUUGCCUGCUCUUUCGUCUGGCCGAUCUUGUAAAAGCUUUCUCUUCAUCCAGGCGCGAGAAAUUACUCUCUGAUAUAGCUGAUUUCUUGCUUUCACUUGCCUCGAACCAAGUUUACAACCUUGAUCAGAUAAUUUUGUUACGUAUUUCUUGCUGGAAGGGCCUCCGUCAAUGUUUAGACGAAGCUUUACUUGAUUCUGAAGAGUAUCUUUUAGGUAUCGAAAGGUGCAUGGUGGUGCUCUUCUCUUUAUUGCCUUCAUAUCAUCCUACAGGUAUCACUGAGGCAGAGCAUGUGAAUUCCAUUGAAGAAUGGUCCGAGGCAGUUAGAUGCUUUGAGAAGGCACCAAGGGAUUGGCUUUUGAAUUUUCUACAGGUGGAUUUGGAUAAAGAAAAUGGCCGGUUCUUUGAUGUCCUAAAGAAAAUUGAGGUGAAAGUGAGGUUAGUCGGGAGCAGUUCCAUCCCAUUGGCUGAGCUGGGAAGACUGAAGGCCUUUCUCUUUAACUGCAACUCAAAUGACACAUGGAAUGUGCUCGUUGAAGUUGUAGCAACUUUACAACAUGCUGAAGGAAGCAUUAAAAGACAGUGGCUUGUUGAUGUGGUGGAGAUUAGCUGUGUCUCUAAUUUUCCCUCUACGCCAAUGCAAUUUAUUGGCCUGCUCUCAGGCAGUUGCUGCAAAUACAUGCCUUUGUUGAUCCUGGAUCGCUUCAGUGUAUUGAGUGAUCUACCAGUUACUCUCUCUUCUCUUUUGAACGACCCCUCUUGGACAGUCAUCGCGGAACAUUUCACUGCGACUCUUUUGGCAUCAACCGAGCGCAUAUACCAUUGGGUUACACAGCCCUCCUGUGGUGAGGGUACGCUUACCUUGCAAGGUAUUGAUAAAAGCGAGAACAGCUUAGCUCCUUCCCUACUACAAGUGAUGCAUGAUGCUUGUACAUUGUUGAGAAACUACUUGCCUCUAGAGAAGCAGAUCGCGCUUGCCAACAUGGCAAUCCAUCGAUAUGUAGAUUAUGUGUAAAUUAGUGUUUGUUUUAUCAUUGAGAUGUACAUAUAGUAUACUGAUUCCUAGAGUUGUUUCAAAAGUCUGCAAGGGUUCCAGUUGAGAUGGGAA